AUGGGACAGAGCAGAGAGGAGUCUGGGAGGGAGAGAGAGAGGGACUCUGAGACAUUGGGCGUCUGCUGUGGGAGUCUGAAUCUUGCUGCUUGCCUGGCCUGCCACGCGUCUCCUCUUACUGGACAGCUACAGCGCAGAGUAGAGCAAAGCAGCCCUGGCAGCAUUACUGGGCAAAUCACAGACAGACAAAGACCCAGACAGACACAUAGACUCGGUGCACACGAAAAACACAUAGAUGGAACAAGGGAAACCCAUAGCGGAAAAUAUUUCCUCAGACUAAGCCUGAGAAAUGAAAACAUUUGGACAGAAAGGUGGAAUACAUUAACACAAUUUAACCUAGUGGUAGAAAUGCCCUUAGCCUUCACAGUAAGGUAGCAGGCGUGGUCCUCCCAGCUCUCCCCUCGCUCAGCAUUCAGUUUCCUGACACAUCAGCAGUAAUCACCCUGCGGCCGGGCUGACAGGACAGAGUGCAAUGUGUGUGUGUGUGUGUGUGUGUGUGUGUGUGUGUGUGUUGUAGGCAGAUUCACAUACGGUGACCUGCCGUUAUCCUGUGUUUGGUCCAUCUAUCAGUAGCAGAAACGCUUUCCAUUCUUUUCCAAUCUUCUGUUUCCUGAACUGAUCAUUUGUUCCAACAAACCACUGCCCUUUGUUUAAAUGUAACCAUCUGGUAUUGCAAUACAGCGAGUCAGGUGCCCUAACUAGGCUAACCUAGAGGGAUAUUUUGAGAGCUGCCCAGAAUAUGGCCUACUUUCCCUCAAAGCAACCUAUUUAUGUUGACUCUGUGAGAUCAUGGGUUUUAGACUGGAGUCAGGUGUUAGGCCACAUUUUACUGGAUAAAUAUUGAAACAGAGGGAAACAUUUGGUUAGUGUCAGUGUUGCCACCCAGAGGUCAUGUUGCCCGGGUGAUGUUGUUUACUGUACCUUAACCCCUAACCUCUGACCCAUUCCUCUCUGACUCUCCUCUUCCUUCAGCCUGGCCUUCGGGACCCUCUACCCGGCCUACUCCUCAUACAAGGCCGUCAAGACAAAGAAUGUGAAGGAAUAUGUGAGUUUUGUACAUACAUACUGUACCUCUAUUGUUGCAGUGCAUUAGUAUGUCUUUACAAUGUCUUCAGUGAUGGGCUAAAUAUUUUAAGUCUCUUGUAGUUAUUUCAAAUAUUCAUAUUGAGAUAAUACAAUGGACAAAGUUAUGAUGGUUUUAAAAUGGCUUUCAGUCUUUUCAAUGCGCUGCAGCAAGUUUCCAUUGUCUCAGAGGAUGAGAGAGCAGUUAAACAGUAUCCGUUUAAAAUGGGAGCCUCCCAGCUUACCUCAUUCCUGUCAGGGAGCAGAGGGAUAAGAAAGAGGAGGAGGAAGAGGAGGGGUGGUAGAGAAGGAGGAGCGGUGGAACUCUGUGUUCUGGCCCUCUGCCUAGCUCCACCAAGCUCUCUCCUCUCCGGAGCCUUCUCCUCCCUCUGGUUGCUAUGGAAACCCCCCCAUCUCAAUAUCUUAGCUGGGGCACAUGCAGACAGAGAGAGGGAGGGAGAGAUACAGAGGACAUUUUUAGCCCUGUUGUUUUUAUAAAUGUUUUCCCUCCCAUCUCUUAUUUUUCUUGCUCUCUCGCUAUCCUUUUCAAUUUUUUCCUUUAAUGAUUCAACAGUAGAAAUACUAAUUAUAUAACAUCACACAUUUGGCAUGUGCUUUGUUCCUACAGUGCAUUCGGAAAGUAUUCAAACCCCUUGACUUUUUCCACAAUUUGUUACGUUACAGCCUUAUUCUAAAAUUGAUUUAAUAAAAACAUUUCCUCAUCAAUCUACACACAAUACCCCAUAAUGACAAAGCAAAAACAGUUAUUUAAAUGGUUGCAAAUAAAAAAGAGAGACGUUAUUUACGUAAGUAUUCAGACCCUUUGCUAUGAGUCUCGAAAUUGAUUGGACAUGAUUUGGAAAGGCACACUCCACCAAUCAGGCCUUUACUCCUCAGUAAAAGGCACAUGACAGCCCACUUGGGAGUUUGCCAAAAGGCACCUAAAGGACUCUGACCAUGAGAAACAAGAUUCUCUGAUUCUCUUUGGCCUGAAUGCUAAGCGUCACUUCUGGAGGAAACCAGGCACUGCUCAUCACCUGGCCAAUACCAUCCCUACGGUGAAGCAUGGUGGUGGCAGCAUCAUGCUGUGGAUAUGUUUUUCAGCUGCAGGGACUGGGAGACUAGUCAGGAUCAAGGGAAAGAUGAAUGGAGCAAAGUACAGAGAGAUCCUUGAUGAAAACCUACUCCAGAGCACUCAGUACCUCAGACUGGGGUGAAGGUUCACCUUCCAACAGGACAAUGACCCUAAGCACACAGCCAAGACAACGCAGGAGUGGCUUCGGAACAAGUCUCUGAAUAUCCUUGAGUGGCCCAGCCAGAGCCCGGACUUGAACCCGAUCGAACAUCUCUGGAGCGACCUGAAAAUAGCUGUGCAACGACGAUCCCCAACCAACCUGACAGAGCUUGAGAGGAUCUGCAGAGAAAAAUGGGAAAAACUCCCCAAAUACAGGUGUGCAAAGCUUGUAGCGUCAUACCCAAGAAGACUCGAGGCUGUAAUCGUUGCCAAAGGUGCUUCAACAAAGUACUGAGUAAAGGGUCUGAAUACUUAUGUGAAUGUGAUAUUUUCGUUUUGUAUUUGUAAAGAACGUGCUAAAAUGUCUAAAAACCUGUUUUUGCUUUGUUGUUAUGGUGUAUUGUGUGUAGAUUGAUGAGAAAAAAUAAACAUUGAAUCCAUUUUAGAAUAAGGCUGUAACGUAACAAAAUGUGGAAAAAGUCAAGGGGUCUGAAUACUUUCCGAAUGCACUGUAUGACAUAAAAAUAUGACUCAUCCUCUCAGGCUAUUCAAUGCAUUCCCUAGCUGGGUUUAGUGCUUUAUAUUUUUCAUAUGCCGAUAUAUAUAUAUAUAUAGAUGAAAUGUUUUAACUCUGUCAGUGUGACAUUUAGGAUUCAUCCACAUCAUCUCGCUAUUUACAGUUGAAGUCGUAAGUUUACAUACACUUAGGUUGGAGUCAUUAAAACUUGUUUUUCAACCACUCCACAAAUUUCUUGUUAACAAACUAUCGUUUUGGCAAGUUGGUUAGGACAUCUACUUUGUGCAUGAUACAAGUAAUUUUUCCAACAAUUGUUUACAGACAGAUUAUUUCACUUAUAAUUCAAUGUAUCACAAUUCCAGUGGGUCAGAAGUUUACAUACACUAAGUUGACUGUGCCUUUAAAUAGCUUGGGAAAUUCCAGAAAAUGAUGUCAUGGCUGUAGAAGCUUCUGAUAGGCUAAUUUACAUCAUUUGAGUCAAUUGGAGGUGUACCUGUAGAUGUAUUUCAAGGCCUACCUUCAAACUCAAUGCCUCUUUGCUUGACAUCAUGGGAAAAUCAAAAGAAAUCAGCCAAGACCUCAGAUUUUUUUUUUGUCAUUCUUGGGAGCAAUUUCCAAACGCCUGAAGGUACCACGUUCAUCUGUUCAAACAAUAGUACGCAAGUAUAAACUCCAUGGGACCACGCAGCCGUCAUACCGCUCAGGAAGGAGACACGUUCUGUCUCCUAGAGAUGAAUGUGCUUUGGUGUGAAAAGUGCAAAUCAAUUCCAGAACAACAGCAAAGGACCUUGGGAAGAUGCUGGAGGAAACAGGUACAAAAGUAUCUAUAUCCACAGUAAAACGAGUCUUAUAUCGACAUAAGCUGAAAGGCUGCUCAGCAAGGAAGAAGCCACUGCUCCAAAACCGCUAUAAAAAAGCCACACUACGGUUUGCAACUGCACAUGGGGAUAAAGAUCGUACUUUUUCGAGAAAUGUCCUCCGGUCUGAUGAAACAAAAAUAGAACUGUUUGGCCAUAAUGACCAUCGUUAUGUUUGGUGGGGGUACUUGCAAGCCGAAGAAACCCAUUCCAACCGUGAAGCACGGGGUUGGCAGCAUCAUGCUGUGAGGGUGCUUUGCUGCAGGAGGGACUGGUGCAUGAGGAAGGAAAAUGAUGUGGAUAUAUUGAAGCAACAUCUCAAGACAUCAGUCAGGAAGUUAAAGCUUGGUCGCAAAUGGGUCUUCCAAAUGGACAAUGACCCCAAGCAUACUUCCAAAGUUGUGGCAAAAUGGCUUAAGGACAACAAAGUCAAGGUAUUGGAGUGGCCAUCACAAAGCCCUGACCUCAACCCUAUAGAACAUUUGUGGCCAGAACUGAAAAAGCGUGUGCAAGCAAGGAGGCCUACAAACCUGACUCAGUUACACCAGCUCUGUCAGGAGGAAUGGGCCAAAAUUCACCCAACUUAUUGUGGGAAGCUUGUGGAAGGCUACCCAAAACGUUUGACCCAAGUUAAACAAUUUAAAGGCAAUGCUACCAAAUACUAAUUGAGUGUAUGUAAACUUCUGGGAAUGUGAUGAAAGAAAUAAAAGCUGAAAUAAAUGAUUCUCUCUACUAUUAUUCUGACAUUUCACAUUCUUAAAAUAAAGUGGUGAUCCUAACUGACCUAAGACAGGGAAUUUUUACUAGGAUUAAAUGUCAGGAAUUGUGAAAAACUGAGUUUAAAUGUAUUUGGCUAAGGGGUACGUAAACUUCCGACUUCAACUUCAUAUUGCAGUAAUUGAUGACACACACUCCGUCCUAUGUUUGGCAGUGAUCAACCAUGCAUACUGAUUCGGUCUAUGAAGGCCCUAACUAGAUAUGUUGUGUUUAUGACUAUGCAUGCGUGUGUCUGUGUGUGUGUGUGUGUGUGUGUGUGUGUGUGUGUGUGAGAGAGAGAGAUGCGUGGCUGUACAUGUGUCUUGUCACUGCUUACUGUAGGCUAUGCUUUGGUCUAUAUGUGAUGCGCUCUCCCCUCUAUAUCCUGUGUGUGUGUGUCCAGGUGAAAUGGAUGAUGUACUGGAUAGUGUUUGCGUUAUUCACGACGGUGGAGACCCUCACAGACUUGUUCAUGUCCUGGUGAGUCACGCGGGUCAUCUCUGACCACUGCCCUACAGCCACUUACAACAAUAGCCCCUAGGACCAUCCAUAUGAAAAACAAUAUACACUAUAUGGCCAAAAGUGGACAGCCCUUCAAAUUAGUGGAUUCGGCUAUUUCAGCCACACCCGUUGCUGACAGGUAUAUAAAAUCGAGCACACCGCCAUGCAAUCUCCAUAGACAAACAUUGGCAGUAGAAUGGCCUUACUGAAGAGCUCAGUGACUUUCAAUGUGGCACAGUCAUAGGAUGCCACCCUAUCAAUCAGUUUGUCGAAUUUCUGCCCUGCUAGAGCUGCCCCGUGCUGUUAUUGUGAAGUGGAGAUGUCUAGGAGCAACAACGACUCAACCGCGAAGUGGUAGGCCACACAAGCUCACAGAAUGGGAUUGCCAAGUGCUGAAAUGUGUAGCGCGUACAAAAUCGUCUAUCCUCUGUUGCAACACUCACUACUGAUUUCCAAACUGCCUCUGGAAGCAACGUCAGCACAAUAACUGUUGGUAGGGAGCUUCAUGAAAUUGGUUACCAGCGUUGGCUGGAGUGGUGUAAAUCUCACCGCCAUUGGACUCUGGAACAGUUCUCUGGAGUGAUGAAUCACAAUUCCCAAUCUGGCAGACCGACGGACGAAUCUGGGUUUGGCGGAUGCCAGGAGAACGCUACCUGCCCGAAUGCAAAGUGCCAAUUUUAAAGGUUGGUGGAGGAGGAAUAAUGGUCUGGGGCUGCUUUUCAUGGUUCGGGCUAGUCCCCUUCCAGUGAAGCGAAAUCUUAACGCUACAGCAUACAAUGACAUUCUAGACUUUGUGGCAACCGUUUGGGGAAGGACCUAUCCUGUUUCAGCAUGACAAUGCCCCUGUGCACAAAAUGAGGUCAAUACAGAAAUGGAUUGUCGAGAUCGGUGUGGAAGAACUUGACUGACCUGCACAGAGCCCUGACCGCAACCCCAUCGAACACCUUUGGGAUGAAUUGGAACACCGAACGCGAGUCAGUGCCCGACCUCACUAAUGCUCGUGGCUGAAUGGAAGCAAGUCCCCGCAACAAUGUUCCAACAUCUAGUGAAAAGCCUUCCCAGAAGAGUGGAGGCUGGUAUAGCAGCAAAGGGGGAACCAACUCCAUAUUAAUGCCCAUGAUUUUGGAAUUAGAUGUUUGACGAGCAGGUGUCCACAUACUUUUGGGCAUUUAGUGUGUGUAUAUAUACGUUUGAAAAUACAUAUUUUUGGUUGAAAAGCUGUUAAAUGUAUUUUCAACAUGUGUUCACUAGAAUUGCUAUAUUUAAAUCAACUUCAAUUUUGAUUGUCUACAUUUGUCAUGGUGUAUUGUCUUCAGAAAAGUACCAGGAUAUCAGAGCAAACGCUUGUUACACCCUGAAAGAGGAAAUAAUGAUAUUGUUUCAGUAAAAUUGUAGCCUACGUCCAUUCUUCUGUCCUGUCUAUUAACUCUCCUGUUGGUGUGGUUGGCCAUGCAGGUUUCCUUUCUACUUUGAGCUGAAGAUAGCCUUUGUGAUCUGGCUCCUGUCUCCGUACACUAAGGGCUCCAGCGUGCUCUACCGCAAGUUUGUCCACCCCACCCUGUCCAAUAAGGAGAAGGUAACGUCUAACCCUGUCCAAUAAGGAGAAGGUAACGUCUAACCCUGUCCAAUAAGGAGUAAGGUAACGUCUAACCCUGUCCAACAAGGAGAAGGUAACGUCUAACCCUGUCCAACAAGGAGAAGGUAACGUCUAACCCUGUCCAACAAGGAGAAGGUAACGUCUAACCCUGUCCAAUAAGGAGAAGGUAACGUCUAACCCUGUCCAACAAGGAGAAGGUAACGUCUAACCCUGUCCAACAAGGAGAGGGUAAUGUCUAACCCUGUCCAAUAAGGAGAGGUAACGUCUAACCCUGUCCAACAAGGAGAAGGUAAACGUCUAACCCUGUCCAACAGGAGAGGGUAAGUCUAACCCUGUCCAACAAGGAGAAGGUAACGUCUAACCCUGUCCAAUAAGGAGAAGGUAACGUCUAACCCUGUCCAACAAGGAGAAGGUAACGUCUAACCCUGUCCAACAAGGAGAAGGUAACGUCUAACCCUGUCCAACAAGGAGAAGGUAACGUCUAACCCUGUCCAACAAGGAGAAGGUAACGUCUAAACCCUGUCCAACAAGAGAAGGUAACGUCUACCCUGUCCACAAGGAGAAGGUAACGUCUAAACCCUGUCCAAUAAGGAGAAGGUAACGUCUAACCCUGUCCAAUAAGGAGAAGGUAACGUCUAACCCUGUCCAAUAAGGAGAAGGUAACGUCUAACCCUGUCCAACAAGGAGAAGGUAACGUCUAACCCUGUCCAACAAGGAGAAGGUAACGUCUAACCCUGUCCAACAAGGAGAAGGUACGUCUAACCCUGUCCACAAGGAGUAGGUAACGUCUAACCCUGUCCAACAAGGAGAAGGUAACGUCUAACCCGGUCCAACAAGGAGUAGGUAACGUCUAACCCUGUCCAACAAGGAGAAGGUAACGUCUAACCCUGUCCAACAAGGAGUAGGUAACGUCUAACCCUGUCCAACAAGGAGAAGGUAACGUCUAACCCUGUCCAACAAGGAGAAGGUAACGUCUAACCCUGUCCAACAAGGAGAAGGUAACGUCUAACCCUGUCCAACAAGGAGAAGGUAACGUCUAACCCUGUCCAACAAGGAGAAGGUAACGUCUAACCCUGUCCAAUAAGGAGAAGGUAACGUCUAACCCUGUCCAAUAAGGAGAAGGUAACGUCUAACCCUGUCCAACAAGGAGAGGUAACGUCUAACCCUGUCCAAUAAGGAGAAGGUAACGUCUAACCCUGUCCAAUAAGGAGAAGGUAACGUCUAACCCUGUCCAAUAAGGAGAAGGUAACGUCUAACCCUGUCCAAUAAGGAGAAGGUAACGUCUAACCCUGUCCAAUAAGGAGAAGGUAACGUCUAACCCUGUCCAAUAAGGAGAAGGUAACGUCUAACCCUGUCCAAUAAGGAGAAGGUAACGUCUAACCCUGUCCAAUAAGGAGAAGGUAACGUCUAACCCUGUCCAAAAGGAGAAGGUAACGUUAACCUGUCCAACAGGAGAGGUACGUUAACCCUGUCCAAUAAGGAGAAGGUAACGUCUAACCCUGUCCAAUAAGGAGAAGGUAACGUAUAACCCUGUCCAACAAGGAGCAGGUAACGUCUAACCCUGUCCAAUAAGGAGAAGGUAACAUCUAACCCUGUCCAAUAAGGAGAAGGUAACGUCUAACCCUGUCCAAUAAGGAGUAGGUAACGUCUAACCCUGUCCAACAAGGAGUAGGUAACGUCUAACCCUGUCCAACAAGGAGAAGGUAACGUCUAACCCUGUCCAAUAAGGAGAAGGUAACGUCUAACCCUGUCCAAUAAGGAGAAGGUAACGUCUAACCCUGUCCAACAAGGAGUAGGUAACGUCUAACCCUGUCCAACAAGGAGAAGGUAACGUCUAACCCUGUCCAAUAAGGAGAAGGUAACGUCUAACCCUGUCCAAUAAGGAGAAGGUAACGUCUAACCCUGUCCAACAAGGAGUAGGUAACGUCUAACCCUGUCCAAUAAGGAGAAGGUAACGUCUAACCCUGUCCAAUAAGGAGAAGGUAACGUCUAACCCUGUCCAAUAAGGAGAAGGUAACGUCUAACCCUGUCCAAUAAGGAGAAGGUAACGUCUAACCCUGUCCAACAAGGAGAAGGUAACGUCUAACCCUGUCCAACAAGGAGAAGGUAACGUCUAACCCUGUAUAACAAGGAGAAGGUAACGUCUAACCCUGUCCAACAAGGAGAAGGUAACGUCUAACCCUGUCCAACAAGGAGUAGGUAACGUCUAACCCUGUCCAACAAGGAGUAGGUAACGUCUAACCCUGUCCAAUAAGGAGAAGGUAACGUCUAACCCUGUCCAACAAGGAGAAUGUAACGUCUAACCCUGUCCAAUAAGGAGAAGGUUAGAUGUCACAGUAAGAUCCAGCUCUCUGUCAAUCUGUCAAUUCUCAAUUGUUUAGGUGCAGUGAGUCAUACAGUAUGUUUCUCUCUCUCUUUCUGUCUUUCUGUCUCACUUCUUUCCCUCUCGCUCCUUUUUUUGUCUCCCUUUUUUAUUUCUCUCUCUUUCUCCCCCCACCCCCCACCCCCCGUCUGUAGGAGAUCGAUGAGUACAUCACCCAGGCUAAAGACCGUAGUUAUGAGACUAUGAUGAGGUUUGGGAAGAGAGGUCUGAACUUGGCUGCUACUGCUGCCGUCACCGCAGCUAGCAAGGUAAGCAAGGCCCUGGCCCUGACCAGAGGGGUGUGUGUGUGUGUGUGUCAUCAUGUUUGAGAUGUGUAUGCUCUGCAGGGUAAUGUGUGUGUGUGUGUGUGUGUGUGUGUGUGUGUGUGUCUGUCUGCACAUGGUGUUUCCUUGUGUGAGUGUGAAGCUAUAUUUCGUCCCAUGGGCAUGUACCAUGCUGUGAUUUUUCGAUUGCAUUGCAUUUGCAUUGAUAUCAGAGUGAUUCGAGGGACAGUAGAGCGCUGAGUACCAGCCAUAAGCGACUGGUUGUUAGCAAGUUUGGUAAGCUACUAAUGACAAUCAGCUGCAUCAGAGGACAGUUUUGAGAAGCCUAGUUACCUUGCCUAAACGUCACGUGGAAUUUGACUGCGGUCAUGACUGGUGACUGCCAGUGUGGCUGCAAUAUGGUCACCGUAACUGCCCUAGUCAUACGUUGGCAUACCAAUACGUCUGUAUAUCAAUGUUGUUAGUGAUAGUGUCUAUUGCAUAGUUUGAGAGCUCUUGCCAAGAAAUUACUCUGGUGUCUUGUAGGGUUGGGCGAUAUUACGAUAUAAUCGGAAAUCAAUUAUGUUUGACAGACAUCAUCGAUGGCAACGACAUCAUGAUGUGACAGAUGAUCGUUUUUAUAUAUUUCGAUUUUUUUACAGACGAGGGUUUAACCUAUUUGAACUUGACUGGCACCGCUGGAGUCUGGCAGCGCACAGCCGGGCGACAUGCCAAAUGACUUACCCCUGUUUGUCAUAGCCUUUUUCAAUAAAUAUGUAGGUAGACUUAGCCUACUAUUAACAUAAUGCAAGAGUAGGCCUAAAAUCUAGAUUGUAGACGGAGUGGAGAGUGCCAAUAGCAGCGCAAAAUGUUAGAUAACAUUUAUCUCGCUCACCUCUCCAAUGUCGGAUGAUCAUUUGCCUUUUGCAGCGGACAUGUUUUAAAAGCUUCAUUUCCCUUUUUGUCCCAAUCACCAUUAUAUUUGAAUGUGACUUUUUUGCCUAAGCAUAUCUUUCAUGAUCAACUUUCAAAUGAAUCUAGGAGGCCAGUAACAAGCGUUAUAUCUCAGAAAGUUUUAUGCUUGUGAAUAGCCUAAAUAAAAACGCAUGGUAAUAAUGAGAGCGAGAGAGAACUAACAAUUGCAAGAUGGAAUAAUCGAAUGGGAAGUUUAAACAAACCUUAUAAGUUUCUGGCCUCCACCUGAACAAAGCUUUAGGAUAAACAAAUUGUGUGCCGUAAACUUCGUAAAUUGUACAAGUAAACUUCUAAACAGAUAUUUAUAUUAUUGUGGAAGUGUUCAUUCAAAUCCUUGAAUUGUGCAACGGGCAUUACAUGAGCCCCCACAGCAGCGCUUUCGAUAAGCGGGAACAAAAAAGAAAUGUCGCCUAUAAAAAGAAUAACCCACAUUUGGAUAGGCUACAAAUGACUAAAUAAGUACGAAAUUAACCAAAUGAAUGACAGUGAAAAUACGUUUAAGACACACAAUGUAAUGUUUUAGCCUAGGAUACAUUUAUUUAGAAUAAGAUGCAUCUGUGAAUACAGGCUUUGAAAAUUAAACAAAUAAAGUGCAAUUUAGAACCAUUACGACUAUUUUCUUUUCAUUAUAUAUUAACUUACCUAAAGGCUUCUGGCAAGGAAAACAAGCAUGUUCACCUUUCCUGGCUUUAAUAGACUGCGGAGUGGGGUAACAAUAUUGCCUACUGAAAACACAUUCAGACGGAACGCUUUUUGCACAGAUGCAGAGAUAUUUGUGGCCGAUGUUGGCCAAGAGCGGAAAGCGACCCUUCAUUCGCUCUCCACCAUGCCAGUGGGUCAUCAUCUCCUCCAAUUACAUUUUAGAGUAGGUAGGAUGUGAGCUCUGCGGUGGCCGGCUGUUGCGCACAGAGUGUGACUGUUUGCUCUCCCAAGAAGACUGCCCAGUGAUGUCUUCUAUGGUGAACAUGCGCACUCGAUCUCGAAAUUGUCCUAAAUCACCAUUGAAAAGGUCUUGUAUCACGCUGAAGGCCUACAAUGGUUGGUUCUAAAUCACCAUUCAAAGUUAUCGGUGUCACAUAUCACCAUAUGAUUGGUUGAUAUUUAUUUAUUUGCACACAAGAAAAUACAAUAUUGGAAAGAUGAUUUCCACAUUGUAGUCUAAUGAUUAGAUUCUUAUCUGGUGGUUUGUGCAUGACACAGAUCGUUUACUGCGUUGCUAGCCAACGCAAUGACGCACUCCCCCCCAUCCCUGGGUAAAAAUAGAUGAUACAAUGGUAUAUCAACAAUGUUUGGACAGGUGGAUGAGAGAAAGUGUCAUUCCAGGCAUCGCCCAACCAUAGUGUCUUGACGUGUGUGUGUUCUGCAGGUGUGUGCUCUUAUGAUCAUGUGAUGCUGCAGGGCGUCUGUCUGGGUCAGGGUUUCCGUUAGGAAAAUGUGGCACAAGACAUUUGACCGGCAGCAUUUAAAUUUACUGGACAUUUGAGAAAUGUACCCGAACCCAUAUGGAUUGGGUGCGUAACCUGAUAAGGGCGUCCACCCAUGUUACUCAGAAUGACAGAAAUCCCAUUUGUAGUAUGGUAAUUCAUUGUAACAGAACAUGCAACUCGAGGUGUGCGUCUUCUUACCAAAUUCCAAUGCUCACUUUGAAGAUGUUAGAAUAACUGUCCACAUGUACUUUUCCUCAGCCAACAAAACAAGUAACGAACAUCAAAAUCACUAGCCUAUGUCAAUCUACUAUCCCCCGUAGUAGAAACGUUGACCUAUUCUAUUAGUCAGCUUGUUGUUCUGUGCGAGAAAGAAAUAGCCUAUUCCAAAACAGACUGGGAAAUGUUGUGGGAUGAUGGAUCCCAAAAUUAUACAACCAGUAGGCCUAGGCUACAUAAAAAAAAUUUAAUAUGGAAGUCUUUAUCAAAUAAUUUAGGAUAUUCUACUUUGAAGCAAGGUAAGACAUGCCACAUAAUAUGAAGUAAAACGUUCAGGUUUCAAACAAUUAAGUAUAGUGUGUGUGAUGCGCUGAAGCCUGCCUUCCAUUGUCAUUGCACUUGAAUGGCGAAUGGGAAGCAUGCUUCAAUUACCAGUUGAGAAAUAAAAAUAGUAGCUAUUUUUAGUCGUGGCUAUCAACUGUUUUUAACACGUGAUUGCAUUUAUAAUUGUUGCGCAAUGAUUGGGCUUAUAAAAUCACGUUUCACUCCAGCUGCAACCAACAAGCAGGUUGAGGAGCUGGACAGAUUUUUCCGCUCAAAUAAAGGUUCUGUAUCUGUAUGCUGUGCGCGUGUGAUAAAUAAGAUAGGCUACAUAACGAAAAUACACACGCAGCAAUUUAAUACCACCAAAGUAUGGAAAUUAACCUAUAGACCGAUAAGCAUGACCGGUCAAAUGUAUUUCCAUCUAUGAAGAGGCUAAAAAGCAUUAUUUUGCAAUGGGAUUCUUUCUUCUUCUCCCGGACGAUUAUUCGGCGCCAAUUGUAUUUAUCAGCUUUUUAUUUUUUUAUCGGCCAACAGCCGAUUUAAAAACCCUGGUCUGUAUAUGCGUACAUCUAUACCCCACCGUGUUUGAGGUGUGUGUGUUGUGUGUGUUGUGCAGGGCCAGGGUGUGCUGUCGGACAAGCUGCGUAGUUUCAGCAUGCAGGACCUGACUCUGAUCAACGACGGGGAGGAGAUGGGCCUGCGCUCCUCUGA